GCCCAUCAAUGCUUUUUGUCUCGUCAUAUCCUCCAUUGCACUAACACCACAAUAACCACCACCAGAUAGGCAGAUAUCUCACAAUGCCUCCGCUCAAUCGCUGCCUCCCCGCCCUACGGCGCAUCCGCCUCGCCAACGCCACCUUCGAACGCUCCAUCGCGCGCCAAACUCCCCGACUCCCCGCACUGCCCGCAUACGCCCUCUUGCCGCAAAGAAGAUGGCAGCACGCCGCAACGGCCAGCGCAUCGCAAGAGACCUCCAACGAAGACGAAGCGGGGCAACCCACGCCCUCGAAGCAAAUCAAAUACACCUCCGACUCCUACCCGGACCUCAAGCGCGACUCGCGCUUCAAGCAACUCGACGAGGCCGACGUGAAGCAUUUCAAGGAGAUUCUGGGCAGCUCGGGGUCGCUGAUUGAUGGCGUCACGCAGGAUGCGCAGGAUGACUUAGAGGGCUACAAUGCGGAUUGGAUGCGCAAGUAUCGUGGGCAGGCGCGGCUGGUGUUGAAGCCUACGACGAAAGAGCAGGUUAGUGGGAUUAUGAAGUACUGCAAUGAGAAGAUGAUUGCCGUCAAUCCGCAGGGCGGCAACACGGGGCUCGUGGGCGGGAGUGUGCCUGUGUUUGACGAGGUGGUCAUUAAUCUGGGGAAGAUGAACAAGAUUCGCAGUUUUGAUGAGGUUUCUGGCGUGCUGGUGGCGGAUGCGGGCGUCAUUUUGGAAGAGGCGGAUAGCUAUCUUGCUGAGAGGGGGUAUAUAUUCCCUCUGGAUCUUGGGGCGAAGGGCACGUGUCAAUUGGGCGGCAAUGUGGCGACGAAUGCGGGUGGGUUGCGCUUUUUGCGUUACGGCAGUCUGCAUGGGAAUGUGCUGGGGGUGGAGGCGGUGUUGCCGGAUGGACGGAUUUUCAACGACUUGUUUACGCUGCCGAAGAACAAUACUGGCUUUGACUUGAAGCAGCUAUUUAUUGGCGCCGAGGGCACGAUAGGCAUCAUCACAGGCAUCAGCGUGCAUUGCCCACAGCGCAGCCCGGCGGUGAACGUGGCAUAUUUCGGGCUAGACAGCUACGAGAAGACGCAACAGGCGUUCCGGGAGGCGAAGAAGAAGCUGGGCGAGAUCCUCUCCGCCUUCGAGAUGAUGGACGGGGCGGCGCAGAAGUUGUAUGCGAAGGCGAAUGGAGCCAAACUGCCGCUGGAGGGCGAAUACCCCUUCUACUGCCUAGUGGAGACGUCGGGAUCGAACGGCGAACACGACGAGGCGAAGCUGAACGAUUUCCUAGAGCACGUGAUGGGCGAGGAGAUUGUGGCGGACGGGGUGGUAGCGCAGGACGAGACGCAGGUGCAGUCGCUGUGGGCGUGCCGCGAGGGCAUCUCCGAGUCGAGCCAGCAUUUCGGCGGGGUGUACAAGUACGACCUGUCCAUUCCGCUGCCGGAGCUGUACGAUCUCGUGCCCGCUACGCGCCAGCGGAUGGAAGACGAGGGCCUACUGGAUGCAGAGGACGAUGCGAAGCCCGUGAUGGAUGUGGUGGGGUAUGGGCACAUGGGCGAUCAGAACUUGCAUCUCAAUGUGGUGAUGCGGCGGUACGAUAAGAAGGUCGAGGCGGCGUUGGAGCCGUGGGUGUAUGAGUGGGUGCGGGAGCGGCAGGGGAGUAUCUCUGCUGAGCAUGGGCUCGGGUUGGCGAAGAGGAAUUAUGUGGGCUAUUCGCGGGACGAGGAGAUGAUUAAGCUGAUGAGACAGAUCAAGCAGCUCUACGAUCCGAACGGCAUCAUGAAUCCCUACAAAUACGUUUCGGGAGGGUGAUCUCUGACAGGAUGCACACCGGCGUCUGCAAGAAGACUGGGCCGGAUCAGGUCGAUACAGGUACAUUAAGGUGGUAUGGUGGAAGCGGUGUCGUCUGGCUCCUUAUCUGAAACCACCCCACCCCGGAUUGGCGGCGGAAUCACGCCAGACGGCUCCAUAGCAUUCCCACGUGAUCCACGAUUCAUACAGGUUGUUGAACACCUUUCUCACUAAAGGCAGUGGAUGAAGGCAGGUAGACGCAUGUAGUCUGAGAGUAACUACUUGAUCGGCCAUGGAAAAGAAACCCCCGUGAGCAGCGUGUGGUGCUCAGUGAAUGAGCAGGUAGAGGCUGCCCUCAUUCAGACUAGUGCGGGCGUCAUUCGGGUCAUCAGAUUGGGCGGGC